AUGUUGGACGGAGACAAGACGGAAUGUUCGGUAGCAUCAAUGAAUUCUACAUGCAAGAGGAGGAAGGCGGAGAAACCUGUUACACCGAUGAAGAAGGCAAAGACGACGUCAACAGCGUUCACGAACAUUCCACUGUUGCAAAUUCGGGCAGCUAUGGAGAUAGAGAAGUUGAGUGCGGACAAUUUGGUUCACGUCACUCAACUACUGACGGAUUUCAAACUGAAGGUGGGCACGCAAUAUCACAUUUCAGUUUGGAUAGUUUUGAUAUCUUUAUGGCACCCAGAACAUUUUGCAACAAUGAUGAACCCGAAGAAAUGGAUGACUACGAACCUGGCACGCGACGAGAGACUGGAGGAAUGCAAUAUGGAGGAUGUUCCUAUGAGGGAGAAAAUCAAGGCCAUGUUGCUCGUGGCUCGCCCAUUUAUGAGCACUUGCUUCGAAGAGUUGUCGAUCGAUUUUGUGACAUCGAUUUUCGAGGCAAUGAUCGAUACAUCAGCGACGUUAUUGUCCCCCGUGGACCUAACGGAGUUGAUGAAGUUGCUAAAGAGCUACAAACUAUGUUGCGACAGUAUCCCCCAAAACUCCCAGUCAUCGUCACAGCCCAUGGCGACCAUGUCCAUUGCGUCCACGUCUGCCGACAGUCAAACUCGGCUUGUCGGUGUAUAUGGUUGCAACGAUCCGUCCUCUAUCGCCAACAUGGACGACGACGCCUUCGAAGACGCGUUUGGGCGAUACGCCUCACGUCGUCGGACUGGGAAAGCAUCGUGCGAUAUUUUUCUACAGACGGCCGGGAACCCCAACAAAUUGACGGCGUCGGUUCCUAUGGAGGAUUACGUGAUGGACGCAAUUUUGUACAAGAAGUCAGAUCUCGAAGGACUCAGGGACACGAAGGAAAUGUGGAAAUAUGCGUCAAUGAAAUGCCGAACGACGUUCCCAGAGAGCUCAGUGCAUUUGCAGAACAUCAAGACGGCGAUGCGAACCACUCUCCCGUUGAUGAAGACUUCGGAUACCAUGAGAGAGGUUCCAGUGUCCAGCCAGUAUGCGAGUAUCCAACGUCGCUAA